CCCGGCCGGCCCCCGCGGCGCCUCCCACGCCCACCCGGGUUCGCGCCGGCGACGAGGCUGCUUUCCGACGCUCGGCAAGGGAAGCGCGCCAAGGUCGGGACCACCGAUCGGGCCCGGAACCGCGUGGCAAGCAGCGAGGACGGGUAAGAAGAGGUGGGGGCGACCGAAAGCAACCGGUGUUUGUGUGCGUCUCUGAACUUCUCGGAAAGCGCUUUGCCAAAACAGUCAUGGACUUGUGGUUCCUUCUGCCUCUGUGUGGGGUCUUGAUAGGAUCUGCAGUAGCAGAACCACCACAACCCAAGGACAUUCCAUAUGACCCAUUCAAUUAUGAUUACCACUCGCUGAGAAUCGGGGGGCUGGUUUUUGCUGUCGUCCUGUUCCUGCUUGGCAUUGUCAUUGUGCUCAGUCGACGUUGUCGCUGCAAGUUCAACCAGCAACAGAGGACGGGUGAACCUGACGAGGAGGAGGGGGCCCUGCGCAGCUCGAUUCGGCGUUUAUCCACAAGGAUGAGAUAGAAGAAGCCUGAAACUGGCUGCUCCUGACAUGCCGUCCCCUCAUGAUCCAGAGUGUUCCUGUCUCUGCACUGCACACAGCCCUCGCCUCCCUGCUCCCCAGCAAGCUGCCUGCCUCUUGCACCAAACCUGGCAAAAUGCCAUGCCUGCUGUCUUCGUGGUGAUCCCAGCCUAACUUGGAAGUGCUUAGCUUGCUGCAAGACUCCGAUUUCCCUCGCAGAGAGAGAAGGGUUGUCGUCCGGCACAUUUUGCUCAAGCUUAAUCCUAAUCCUAGGCAAUGGGGGAUACUAAAUUUGCCUUCCUGGUGCUCAAACGGUUACGAUGAGACUUCCCAAGAGCCGUGGUAGAAAUGAUUUUCAGACAUAUCUAGGCAUAAAGGCUGGCAGCUCUGUCCAUGAAAAGAAAACAGAAGGGGUGUUCUUGUUCCAGAGAAGCUAGGAGCUCAUCCAAAGUGGAGUUUUGCUUCCACUGGCCUUUCAGAUUGUCACUCGGUGCAAUCUCAGUUACUCAGUGCAAGUGCAGAGUGCAAGGCAGCCUUUUCUCACUCGGUGCAUCCCAGAUCUCGUUGGACUCCCAAUUCCCAUCAAACCUGGCCAGCGUGCCCAAUGGCCAGGGAUGAAGGGAGUUGCAGUCCUGGCGACAUUUGGAUGGCACUGUUUUUGGGAAAGGUGAAGGCGAGCACUUUGUUGGCACCUGUCUGUCUCAAGAGACAAUGGAGUGCGCCUCCAGGGGUGAAGUCUGAUUGCUGUGUUA